CAAAUAUGGCCGCGCCCUUGCACUUGUACAGACGCCGCAGUUUAGCGGCAGUUCGUGUGCUUGCCUAAUUAAUUAGGCCUGAUUAUUUCAUGUGUACUUCUUUAGUCACUUUAAAAUGUCACGAAAAUUUUUCGAAAUUCAGAAAACAUUCAGACGAUCAUUUGAACUGCCUGGUAAAAAUAUUAAAUGGUUUCCUGGUCAUAUGAUGAAAGGAUUGUUGCAAAUUCAGGCUAAACUUCAAAAAGUGGAUUGUAUCAUCGAAAUACACGAUGCCAGAAUUCCGAUUUCAGGAAGAAACAAUCGUUUUAGAGAUGUAAUAAAACUCAGACCACAUAUCUUAUUAUUAAAUAAGGUUGAUCUAACUCCAUUAAACACAGAAAAGGAUACAAAAGAAAAAAUUGUGAAAAAGUUGCAUGAACAGGGUGUGGAUUCAAUAUUUUUUACAAAUUUUAAGAAUACAGCUCAUGAACAAUUUUUAAAAAAAACAAUUUUACCCGUAGCUCAUGAACUAAUCGAAUCUAGACCUAGAUAUAGCCGAGAAGGCCAAGAGGAUUAUAAUUUGCUGGUAAUUGGAGUUCCAAAUGUUGGAAAGUCAACGUUUAUAAAUUCUCUUCGAUCAACAUUAAUGCUUAAAAAAGGAAGAGCAACAUCAGUUGGCUCUAUCCCUGGCAUUACCAGAAGUGUUUUGUCAAAAAUAAAAGUAAGCACUAAUCCAAAUGUUUACAUCAUCGACACCCCUGGUAUACUGUCACCACGCAUUGGAGGACUGGAGGAAGGGAUGAAACUAGCAGCUUGUUCGUGUAUACCAGAUCACCUAGUUGGAGAGGUUGAUGUUGCUGAUUAUGUUUUAUACUGGCUAAACAAGAAUGAACACUUUCAAUAUAUUGAUCAUUUUGAGCUUGAAGAACCCACAGACAAUAUUUUAAAUCUUUUAUCUAAAAUAGCUAUUAAACAUAAGUUAAUAUUACGUGUCAAAGAUGUGGCAACAAAUCAAUUUGUUUAUCGCCCAGAUAACACUCAGGCUUCAUUUUUAUUUUUAUCAGCAUUUAGAGAAGGAAAAUUGGGUUCUUUUAUUUUAGAUAAUAUUGGCUAAUUUUUCUUGUUCUUGUUAAACUUGCUGAAAUCAUCUUAUAUCUUUCUAUGUAUGCCUUUCACUGUAAUAAAGGAUAUUUAAUGUGUA